AUGAAGUCCACCUUGCAGGAAGAUGAUUUAGGCGUGCUUUACAUGCAUGGCGAUGGGUCUUUUCAGAUGCCAUGGUCCCUUCUCUGGCCCCGCCGGCUCCAGCUUCCCGCGCCCCGGCCGGGGCACCCGAGUCCAGCUGCCGGGCUGCGCGCUCUGCUGCUGCUGCUUGUCCUCCAGGGCGCGGCGACCACGACCGCGGGGCCGGGGCAGCCCGAGGACCCCCAGCAGUCCGCGGAGGCGAGCCUCCCGCGCGGGCUUCUGCCGCAGGCGGCGCGCGCGGCGCUGCACUUCUUCAACUUCCGCGCCGGCUCGCCGAGCGCGCUGCGGGUGCUGGCGGCCGUGCAGCAGGGCCGCGCGCGGGUUGAUCCAAAAAGGGGAUGUAAAGUUGACCUGGUCUUUAGCACAGAACGCUACAACCAGGAGGAAGGUGAGGAGGAGCGUUUGGGGAAAUGUUCUGCUCAUGUGUUCUUCAAGAAUCAGAAACCCAAACCGGCCAUUAAUGUCACCUGUACAAGGCUCAUGGAGAAAAAAAAAAGACAAGAAGAGGAUUACCUGCUUUAUAAGCAAAUGAAGCAACUGAAGAACCCCUUGGCUGCAGCCAGCAUACCUGAUAGCCAUGGGCAUAUCGAGCCCUCACUGAAACCUGUCUGGGACUUGGCUUUUCUUGGCAGCUCUUAUGUCAUGUGGGAGAAGACAACUCAGUUUUUACACUACUACUUGGUCCAGCUUAGUGGCGUGAAGCAGUGGAAAACUAAUGAUGACGCAAUUGAUUUUGAUUAUACUGUACUACUUCAUGAAUUUCCAACACAGGAAAUCAUUCCCUGUCGUAUUCACCUGGUCUGGUACCCUGGCAAACCACUUAAAGUGAAGUAUCACUGUCACGAGCUACAAACUACAUACUUGCAAGAAGCCUCCGGAACUGUGGAAGGAUCAGCUAUGGAACCAGCAGAGCUUAGUAACAUUUAAAGUUAAAGAAAGAUCUGCUUAGACCAGAUUGUAGACAAAAAUGACUAAACUGUCAUUACUCUAGUAUGACAGCUAAGGUAUGGGAAUUGUGGUAAGCAGUCCUCAGCGAGUUCAAGGUUUUAGCCCUAAAGUGUAAAAUCUAAUCAAUAUAUUGAAAAUGGAUUGGUAAUUAUUUUUCUAAACAGAAAUGGUUUCAUCUCUAAAUUUGUAUUUCUUAUUUGGGACAUAUUGUAUGUUGCUAAAUUGCUCCUUCCUGUAUGUCAGAUAUAUUUGUAAUGAAAGCAAUCUGUAGGGAAAAUACUGAGUUUUAUUAUAUUUCAUCAUUUCAAGCAAGUGUUCUUUUUUAACUUGAUUAGCUACUUUUUAAAUAAAUCUUUCUAAAUAA